AUGACGGUCACAGAAAUCAACAUCAAGGAAGUCAAAGCCUUCGUGGACGCCGCGCUCGAGGGACUUCAGAAGGAGUUGCGAGAGUUGAAUCAUCAGAUCUGGUCAAAUCCCGAGCUUGCCUACGAGGAGCACCAGGCACAUGAUACCAUCUGCGAUUUUAUUGAAGCACAGGGGUUCGCGGUGACUCGCCACGCUUACGGUCUUGAUACAUCAUUUGAAGUUCUGAGUGGGACUGGUGGCCGGUUGAUCAAUUUUAACGCGGAAUAUGAUGCCUUGCCCGAUAUUGGUCAUGCAUGUGGUCAUAACCUCAUAUCAACUAGCAGUGUUGCUGCAUUCAUCGCGUUAUCGCUCGCGCUAAAGAAGUUUGGCCUCCCUGGGCGAACGCAAUUGUUGGGAACCCCCGCCGAAGAGAAUGGAGGCGGAAAAGCCAAGCUCAUUGAAGCUGGGGCUUACAAGGGCGUGGAUAUCUCGCUGAUGGCUCAUCCUGGACCCAAGCAAAUAUACCCUGGCCAAGAGUGCUGUGGGAUUGCUGGGACACUCAUGAAUGCUAGAAAGAAUAUUCAUUGUGAAUUCUCGGGACGCAACGCUCAUGCGGGCGGAAACCCCUGGGAGGGGAUCAAUGCCCUAGAUGCACUAGUAUCAUCUUAUAACAAUGUGGCAGUCCUGCGGCAACAGUUGCUACCGGACCAACGAAUCCAUUGCGCUUUCUUGGACACUCCUAAGGUUGCUAAUGUGAUUCCUGCGUAUACGAAAGCCUUCUGGCAGGUCAGAAGUCCCACACUCACUGGACUGACUACUCUUAUUGGAAAAGUGCGUAACUGUAUCGAGGCCGGCGCAUUGGCUACCGGUUGCCAAGUGAAGAUUGAAGAGGAUGAACUUUAUACCGAUGUCCGAUUAAACGACACUCUCUGCGAGCGGUACCAAGUCCACAUGGGAUCGUACAACCGGGAUGUACUUAAGCGACACGAUAAAGUACUAACAGGAUCAUCUGAUAUUGGCAAUGUCAGCUACGAGACCCCCACGCUACACACAAUGUUUGGUAUUCCCGCACCUGAAAAAUCGUUUCCUCAUCAUCCUACAUUUGCAGCUGCCGCUGGCACGGAUGAGGCGCAUACCGAAGCAGUCAUUGUUGGAAAAUCUUUGGCACUUAUUGGAUGGGAUAUGGUUUCAGGAGAUGAUUUAUACGACAUAACGCGGAAUCAAUGGCAAGAUGAAAUUGUGCGGAAGGAUUAG